AUGGACGAGAAACCGGCCCCAGCUCCGGUCAGCGAUGAUAAUGUCGUCGGACAGGCAGAAGUCAAUGACAACAAGGAAUUGCAAAAGACCGUUACUGAAGUCAGCUUUGUCGAUGUCCCCCCUGACGGAGGAUAUGGCUGGGUCGUCGUCGGUUGUUGUUUUAUGGUCAACGCCAUGACUUGGGGUGUAAACAGCUCAUACGGGGUGUACCUUGCCCAUUAUCUUUCAUCCAACAAAUACCCGAAUGCCACCCCACUCCAAUAUGCCUUCAUCGGCGGUCUCUCGGUAUCCCAAUCAAUGUUCAUUGCGCCCGUCGUCACCCUGCUCCUCCGCCAGACAUCAACCCGGACAGGCAUGGCCGUUGGGAUAAUCCUUCAAACCGGCUCCCUGAUCCUCGCCUCCUUCUCUACGGUAAUCUGGCAUCUCUUCCUCACGCAGGGCGUGCUAUUUGGCUGGGGCCUCGGUUUCCUGUUCACCUCGUCUGUCGGGACAAUAUCGCAGUGGUUCAGCAAGAAGCGGAGCCUGGCGAACGGAAUCACGUCUGCGGGGAGCGGCAUUGGCGGGCUGGUGUUUUCGCUGAGCAUCCAGAAGAUCAUCGAGACGAUGGGGGUGGAAUGGGCGUUUAGGAUCGUUGCUAUCUGUGUGUUUGUCACAAACACGGUCUGUACGCUGCUGAUAAAGGAUAGGAAUAAGAUUAUUAAUCCGAACCAGAAGGCGUUUGACUGGAGGCUGUUGAAAAGGCUUGAGUUCCAGCUGGUGAUGGGGUGGGGGUUCCUCUCGAUGCUUGGAUAUAUAGUGAUUCUGUUCUCGCUGCCGGACUAUGCGGCGAGCGUGGGCAUGUCGAAGCAGCAGGGGAGCAUAUUAACCGCCAUGCUCAACCUGGGGAUGGCGUUUGGCAGGCCCCUAGUAGGCAUCGGGAGCGAUCGGUACGGCAGGAUCAAUAUAAGUGGGGUGAUGACGCUGGUGAGUGGGCUGAGCUGCUUCUUCAUCUGGAUCUGGGCGAGGAGCUUUGGGGUUGCCAUACUGUUCAGUCUGGUCAAUGGAGCUGUUUGUGGAACGUUUUGGACGACAAUAUCGCCCGUCACUGUUGAGGUGGUGGGCAUCAAGGAGCUUCCGAGUGCAUUAUCCCUAGUAUGGCUCUCCAUAGUUCUACCCACAACAUUUUCGGAGCCAAUCGCCCUCUACCUCCGCCGUCCAGGGGAAUAUAAUGCAUACCUAUAUCCGCAGAUUUUCUCGGGAGUUUUGUACAUUGGUGCAGCAGGGUGCAUGUAUGCACUGCGGGUAUGGGCCCUCACGAAACAGGACCAGAAGUUGGAGGGGGAGGAAGAUGGUGAGAGGAAAGGCAGUAGAUGGUGGAGACUUGCGAAGGUUUAG